AACAUUAAUGAAAGAUCCUACCUAUGUCAACAUAACAUAACUUUUUCGUGACUAAUCUGUUACAUGAUGGGAUGAUCCAUUUGAGCACAAGAUAUCUCACUCAAUACAUGAUCUUCCAAGUCCCAGCCCGUGCUCAACUGUUGUUUCACCUCUAACUUGGCAAACCAGACAUCUCUUUAACUUUCCAUUAGAGGAAUAAAACCCCCGAUUAAAAAGUAAAAACACCCUUAAUUUAAUGUGUGUUUAACAACUACUGAACCGCACUUGAUUCAGACUGACGACGCCCCGAUUGCCAAGAACCAUCAACAAUCAUCAUCCAUGGUUGACACAUGACCUCUCAACUUCCCUCCUUUCUUUCUCUAUUCUUCACAAUUCUCAAUCGUCGUUUGUUGCUUCGCCUUUUCCUGACUUUGACAACUUCCCCUUUCUCUCUCCUCCCUUGUCGUUACUCCAUUCCCAUCACCCAGUUUCCGCCAUUGCAGCACCUUCAGCUUUCAGGUAACAUCUCAAUUCAAUACACAGAUCAGAAUCAUUCACUUUUCACUAAUUAUUUCAUGGGUUUUUGUUAAAUUACAAAUUACUCGAUUCAACAGCUGAAAAUAACGAAAUCCCAGAAAAAUUAUUGAAUACCCAGAUCAUAAUUUGUAAAAUUUCCCCUUUUUUGGGGAUUAAUUGUUGGAUUUAAUGGAAAUUUGCUAGUUUAUAUGAUGUUAGGUGCCGUCCAAUUAGGUGUAUUGGCGGCUUGUAUAGUAGUUCUUGUUCCAAUGGCGUUAGCUGGGUGGCAUUUGAGCCGCAAUAAAGUGUUGUUCUUUAGUGGUGCUCUUUUCAUUUCACUUGCUGUUGCUGUUCAUCUUUCGCCGUACUUUCCUUCUCUUACCGACUUUUUUCCUGAUGUUUCAUCAUCAUCUUCUUCUUCGACCUUAGUUGUUCUUGAGAAUCGUGAAUCUUGUAUCUCUUUUCUUCAUCGGAUCCAGUGGAAAAAUCAUCCUAGAAAUAUGAAUUUUUCUUCUAGUUGGAAAUGGAUGUUGUCAGAUGAGAAUGUGUUAGCUUGUGAUUUUCAGAAGUUGGGUAGGAAUGAUGUUGGGGAUCUGCUUAAUGGGUCUUGGGUAAUGGUUGCUGGGGAUUCGCAAGCGCGGUUAUUCGUGCUUUCGUUGUUGGAUUUGGUGUUGGUUGAGGAAGAAAUGGUGGCGGUUCGAGGGGAGUUGUUUAAGAGGCAUAGUGAUUAUCAUUUGGUGAUUGAUAGAGUAGGGUUGAAGUUGGAUUUUGUAUGGGCUCCUUAUGUUAAUAAUUUGACUCACUUGGCAUUGGAGUUGAAUAGGAAUCAUAGCUGCCCUGAUGUUCUGGUCAUGGGUUCUGGUCUUUGGCAUAUGCUUCAUGUGAAUAACGCGACUCAUUAUGAUGCUUCGUUGCAGCUUCUGAGUCGUUCUGUGAUGCCAUUGUUGGUUGGUAAAUCUCAGCCUCAUUUGUUUUGGUUGGGGAUGCCAACAUUGAUACAUUCGAUGCUGAAUACUGAAGAGAAGAGAGAGAGAAUGACUAGCGCAACACAAUUUGCUUACGGUUUGGGAGUUCGUGGUGCUAAGCUUUUACGGCCUGGUGGCCCAUUUGUGUUGUUGGAUAUUCAGUCUUUGAGUGAAAAUUGUGGGGAAAGAUGUACAGAGGAUGGAAUGCAUUAUGAUGGAGUUGUAUAUGAAGCCGCAGUUCAUAUCAUGCUUAAUGCUCUACUUAUCCAGUCUCAACAAAAAUUGUAGUGAUGGUUUUGUUAUUUAGCUGGCCCUUCUCUGACAUUGAUUACCGAUAGCAUCUUUGAUGGAGCGUAAGCUUUUGGUCCUUUGUAAGAGAUUGCUUUAUCCCUGUAUCUUUGAUGUGUCUUGGGUGAUUCCUGAUGUAUACUUCUCUACGUUUUGAAUUAACUUUUAGCAUGAGUUUUCUCGUAGUGGAGAGAUCAAUUGCUUGAUUUUUCUUAUAGCUUAGCUAGUCAAACAUGUAUUAGUAUGGUAUACUUACAAAACUUGUAUGCUAUAGGCAAAGGGGGAACCCUUAAUGUUUUUCAUUCAUUCUAGUUGUACAAGUAUGUGGUUGCACUGAUGGAAUAACAAUCAAGAGAUUUUUUUUUAACCUU